AUGCCCAAGAGUGCAAAAAGACGGAAAGAAAAAGCCGCAGAUUUCGCGAUCCAACAAGAACAGAAAGCUAAACUCAAACUCGGUAAAGGAAAACAAGCACCCAGCAAUGCAAUAGACACUUCAUUCAAGGCCCGCUCUAUUGCACUUCCAUCUCAGAGUAUUGCGGUAGAAAAAGAUGAUAGUGCGCCUACAACCCGACGAAAACUUUCCCUCGAUGAUCUCAUCGUCAAUAUCAAACACCACAAUCCUGGUACUCGAAAAGACACAAUAUUCGGCUUUCGGGAAUUGCUAGAUGCUCAUUGGGAAUUGAUCGACUCAUCACUCCCUAUCCUCAUCAAUGUGACGGUCCGAAUCAUUGGCGAUGAGGAUGCAAGUGUUCGGAAAGCACUUCUGUCGUUUUACUCUUGGUUAAUACCCAGGAUACCUAAAGAAGACCUUGUCCCUCAUGCCCCUCUGAUUCUGCUCUUUACCACUUCCGCUCAAACCCACAUCUUUCCUGAAAUACGUAUUGACGCUAUCCGCUUUCUGAACAUAUUUCUUGAAUAUUUCCCAGAGGUUAUCGUCCGUGGAUGGGACACAGCUAAUAACUCCAGCGGCAGUCGAGUCCUGGAGGGCUACCUAGGUGUUCUCAGUGCUGGCACUAUAACUGGAGAUGCGGAAGGGCCUCCGGUGGCCACUUCGACUGCGAGUGUGAUGUUAACACCGGCUUCCAAGCUCGUCGUCCUGCAAUCAUUAUCACGCUUCUUAGAGGCUGCCACAGGAAUUCAAUCUACUUUAUUGACUUCUGAGGAUUUCUGGUUUUUGUCGCCCUCAUUCCAUACCACAGAAGCUUAUAUUACAUUCAAUCGGCUCCUUCGACCUUCCUCAACAUUGCAAUCAUUGCCUCACAAAGCAUGGUCCUUAGAAAUGGAACCGGAAGCUGAUAUUUUCCCUAUUGCCUCUGCGAUGGCUACUCAUACCGGUAAUCUUUCAUGCCAACUCCAAGAAUUAUCAGACCACGUUGUGUUAUGCCGGAACUUCUGCGAGUUAGGCGCUUCUACCAGCAGUGGAAAUCCGUUUGUAGUCCGUUUAGCCAAAACCCUUCAUCCUACUCUAGUGUCCGUUUUCUUGGACUGUGCGCCUGCAGUUUUUUCACCCAGCAAUGGUCCACCAGAGACAGAGACGGACUCAAUUUCAGCUGUAGUAUCAAUCACUCGUACUCUAUAUGGUCUGAUCAUGCAAGAUAGCUCGCCUGCCUCGGCUGCUAUCGAGGAACUUCAAAUAAUGCUUGGUUACAUGGCUCCCUUCUUCCCUUUCCAUUCGAAUGGCCGAAAAGAUGUGAAGAUUGAACAAACUUUCCAAGACCUCAAUUUUACAUAUUGCGACCUGACUUCGCGUCUCGUUCCAGCCUCUCGCACAUCAGCAGCAGCUUCCCACCCAACUACAUCCCGUGGCAAAAAAGCACGACAUUUUGGUAACGAUGCUUCACAAGCGAAUCGAGUUCAAGAAUACGUCCUUGAAAUUCUCCAAGAACAGGUGUCGAGUUCUCAGCUAGUUCGUGGGUUAACAUCUACGGCGUACAACUCGUUAUUACCCACAAUAUGGUCUUUGCUCAACUAUUCGGGUCGAAAUGAGGAGCAACUGGAGCGAUCCGGAGAAGUCCUUGAGGCCGUAGUGGAGCACGCUGUGAAAGUAGGGUCCAAGUCGGCGUUGAAAAGGUCUACUUUCGAUUUCGUGGCCCGACUUGUGCUUCUCGAAACUGAUGUACGCUAUCAAGGAGCCUUUCGACUUCAGACUAGUACGAAGGCAGACAAGUUAAUUGAAGAAUGGCUAACUCAAUUACCGCAAAUCCUAUGGGAGUUGGGUUCAAGUAAUCCCUCGGUAUCAGAGGCGAUUAUUCUUUUUCUUCUACGACUGCUCCAGCGCCGGUCAAAGAUUCUCCAUGAGAAUACCUUAGCUUCUUUACAGACACGAUUUGCACCUUACUUCCAUAUUACGCAUCCUACUCGUGGAGAAAUCCUAGGUCCUUUCAACAAGUUGCCCAAGAACGGCCUCAGUUCGCCUUCUGGACUCCGACGCCGUGUUCUCGAUGUGGUCAUCCUUUUGUGUACUGGUGGCUCCUCUGGCGAAGUGCUUCGAAGCGCCGUGGAUAGUGCUUUGGUGAAUACGGAAGAGUAUGAGUAUUGGGCACAUUUGAAGCACCACUUCGGCCGAAGUCAAACUGCCUUAUGA